AUGGAUCCGCUGCAGCAGCCUGUCUCGGACGUUCCUGCUGUCGCGGAACCGCAGCAGGUUCCUGUUGAACUCCAUGCGCGGGAGAUUGCUCAAUCGCUUCCCAUCCCAGCCGAACAGCCACAAGAGCAACUGCAAGAGCAACUGCAAGAGCAACUGCAAGAGCAGCCUGCCCCUGUUCAGGCUACUCAUAACCUCAAUGAGCCCUCUAUUGAGUCAAAUCCUAUACCUGUAGAGCAGACAACUCGCCAUAUUCCGGCCGAACAAGGCUAUGCCAGCGAUUCUAAAGCAAAUUAUCAUUCUCGAUCGACCGACUUCCACCCCUCUGUUCCUGAGUACACUCCACAAGACGCUGACCCAGCUUCCCGUCUUAAUUCAUCACCAUCUUUGACUCAGCAACCUCAACUUCACACAGCCUCUCGUCCUGGGUCUGGAUUUUCGAGUGGCCCAGAGCGACAAGGUGUAUCUCAUCCUCAGCCGUCAGAAGUCGCUCACCGAGCACAGGCUUCUCAGGCGGCCAAGAAUAGUGUUGUAAUCAAAGUUGGUAUGGUUGGAGAUGCUCAAAUAGGUAAAACUAGUCUGAUGGUCAAGUACGUGGAGGGAAGUUGGGACGAGGACUACAUUCAAACAUUGGGUGUCAACUUUAUGGAAAAGACUAUUUCUAUUCGCAACACCGAGAUUACUUUCUCAAUUUGGGAUCUUGGUGGUCAACGCGAGUUCGUCAACAUGCUGCCUCUGGUUUGCAACGAUGCUGUCGCCAUUCUCUUUAUGUUCGAUCUCACCCGCAAGAGCACUCUCAACUCUAUCAAGGAAUGGUACCGCCAGGGCCGGGGCUUCAAUAAAACGGCCAUUCCGUUCUUGGUUGGAACAAAGUAUGAUCACUUUGUUAAUUUCCCCCGUGAAGAUCAAGAAGAGAUCUCGAUGCAGGCCAAGCGCUUCGCCAAGGCUAUGAAGGCAAGUCUGAUCUUCAGCAGCACCAGCCACAGUAUCAAUGUUCAGAAGAUCUUCAAGAUUGUUCUCGCAAAGGCAUUCGAUCUCAAAUGUACAAUUCCAGAGAUUGAAAAUGUUGGAGAGCCGCUGCUGCUGUACAAAAAUGUUUAA